AUGCAUUUACCACAAAUCGGCUAUGGCACAUUCUAUGCUACUGAUAAAGUUAGAUUAAAAGCAGCUCUUCAUUAUGCAAUUGAAGAAUGCGGAAUUAGAAGUAUUGAUACUGCUUGGUCUUAUUUUAAUCAAGAAAUCAUCGGUGAAACACUACAAGAAAUCUUUUCUAAAGGCAUCAUUACUAGGAAAGACAUUUUUAUAACUUCCAAAUUAUGGAAUACUCACCAUCGGCCAGAUUUAGUUGAAAAGGAGUUACUACAAACAUAUCACCAGCAUGAGUUGAUUUAA